AUGAAUAAGGAAGUGUGUAAAAGGUUCGAAAAUGUAAGGGGAUGGAUUUCCGAUGAAUUGAAUGAAGGAAAAUAUCAAUUUAACGAUUAUAAUUUUUUAAAUAAUGAUUGUAAUAAUAAUAAUUUUUUAAAUAAAUAUUCUUGUAAUAAUAAUAAUUUACAAAGUGAUUUUGAUAAAAUAAGUGCUGGAUGUUUAUAUUUGUUGGAUGAAUUCAUUAAGGAUUGUGGUGUGAAACCCUCUCCUGUAAAAAAUAUCAUUAAUAUUGUUGAUUACAUUAUGAUAUGGUUAAGUUAUAUGUUAAACCUGGACAAAAGUGAAGAAAAAAACAAUAUAAAUGAUUUUUAUAUUGCAUACAUGAAUGAUUGUGAUAAGUAUAACACGAAAAUAAAUGAAUUAACUGAUUAUGAUAAUUAUAAGAAACUUUUAGAUGAAAAAAAUUAUGUGUUGAAUAUGGAUAGUAAUGAUGUACCUAAAUUUUAUGAAGCAUUUAAAUCAUUAUGUGAAAUGUAUACUGAAUUUGAUGAAACAAAGAAAGAUUGCACAAACUGUUCGGAAAAAGCUAAAGAAUUUGUUAAACAAUAUGAAGAACUUUACAAGAAUCAUAUUGGCACUGAAGACAGUUCAAAUAGUAAAGUAUUGUGUACUUUAUCAAAUGAUUAUGAUAAUUUUAAAAAGAAAUGUAACGAUAAUUCAUCGCUUCCAACGAUAGAAACAGAAAAAAUUUCUGAAAUAUGUUCUGAAAAAACUUCUAAAAAAACUCAUGUAAUAGGAUAUGAUGAAUUGUCUGGAGAAUUUUCUGAGGUUGCAUUAUCAGAAUUAUCACUAAUAAGUAAAUUAUUUAUAGUUUUAUCAAUAUUUGGUGCAAUAACAAUUUUUUUAGGAAUUUCUUAUAAGUAUUCAUUAUUUGGAUUUAGGAAAAGAGUUCAAAAACAUUUAAGAAAAAAGCUAAUAAAAUAA